AUGGCAGCCAGUGCUAAAGCUGGUUUUAGAAAUGCUCGACCAAAAACAGUCCGACAGAUGACUAUCGAGGAAGAGAAGAGUGGAGAGUAUUUUCGGCAAGAACAAACAAUGGAAAUACUACCAUCUACAACUCAUUUGGAGCAUCUAAGCGGCUUAAAAAUGUCAGACCCACCUUCUUUAGUCCGAAAAACCGGGAUUAUUUGUACAAUUGGCCCUGUGAGUAGAAGCGUUGAUUUGUUGCAGUCGAUGAUACAUAACGGAAUGAACAUUGCACGGUUGAAUUUUAGUCACGGGUCUCAUGAAUAUCACGCUGAAACGAUCGCUAACAUUCGCGAAGCAGCUCAGAGCUUCAGCGUCCCUCGUAUAGUGGCGAUUGCUCUUGACACAAAAGGUCCGGAAAUACGGACAGGUGUAAUAGAACAGGGUGAAACGGAAGAAAUCGAGCUAGUAAAAGGGGCAGAUAUUUGUGUUACCACCGAUCCUCGUUUUGAAAAACGCUGUAGCACAAAGUGUAUUUAUGUGGAUUACAAAAAUAUAACAAAUUGUGUAAAAGUCGGCUCUCGGAUUUACAUCGAUGACGGUUUCCUCUCAUUAAUUAUUGAAAAGAUAGACACUGACAACUUAAUGUGUAAAGUCGAAAACGGAGGUUUGCUUGGAAGCAAAAAGGGAGUUAAUCUUCCGGGCCUUAAGUGUGAUUUACCAGCUGUCACCGAAAAAGAUGUUCAUGAUUUAAGAUUUGGUGUUGAACAGGGUGUUGACAUUAUAUUUGCGUCAUUCAUCAGGAAUGCAGACGGGAUAAGGGUUAUCAGAAAGAUUUUGGGCGAGGAGGGAAAACACAUUAAAGUUGUUGCAAAGAUUGAAAGUGAAGAAGGAGUUGCUAAUGCAGAUGAAAUAAUCGAAGUUUCUGAUGGGAUAAUGGUGGCUCGAGGUGACUUGGGUAUCGAAAUUCAACCAGAGAAGGUGUUUUUGGUGCAGAAGAAGCUAAUUGCCAAAUGUAAUAUAGCGGGUAAACCAGUAAUUUGUGCAACGCAAAUGUUAGAGUCGAUGACAAGGAAACCGCGUCCAACCAGAGCAGAGGGAAGUGACGUUGCCAAUGCUGUUCUUGAUGGGGCAGAUUGUGUCAUGUUAAGCGGUGAAACAGCUAAAGGAGAGUAUCCCUUAGAAGCACUAAAAAUUAUGCAUCAAAUUUGUAGAGAAGCUGAAUUGGCGGUUUAUCGGAUGAAACAUUUUGAAGAGAUACUCAGAGUGACGUCAAAACCAAGUGGUACUAAUAUAGCACAUACAAUAGCUAUUGCUGCAACUUCAGCAGCAGUAUCUUGUCAUGCUAGUGCAAUUCUACUGGUUACCACGACUGGCCGUACCGCAGGCUUGGUUUCAAGAUGCCAUCCCUCCGUCCCCGUUCUCGCAAUAUCUCGGGAGGACUUCGUUGCCAGACAGCUGCACUUGUUUCGCGGCGUAUUCCCAUUGUACUAUCCAGAAGACAAGGAUGAUGAUUGGCCUACUGAUAUUGACCGCCGUAUUAACUACGGCAUAUCCGUUGGUAAAGAACGGGGCUUUAUCCAUGAAGGAGACUUGUUAGUAAUAAUUACCGGAUGGAGAAGAGAAUAUUUACUCAGAAGUUGUAAACUUUGA